GAAAGAGAGACACACACGCGCGCGCGACUUUUUUUAAAUAGCAAUAUACUGUAUAAAGUUAUAUAUUUUAUCGAAUAAGUUUAUUAUUUAUUGUUAUUUAAAUUUUAUUUAUUGCAAAUUAUAUAACUGGGUGACGCGCGUGUGCGAACGAAAAAACGAUAUAAUAAUAUGCACAGUGACUCGUCGAGGAUAAUAAUGUCGAAAUCGAACGACAAGUGCAGCACAUAAACACAAGGCGGAGUAUACCUUUGGGAGAGCGGCGUAAUAAUUAUAAAAAAAAACGAGUGCGAAUAAUGCGAAUAAUCGGCAGUGGAGUUUUUCCCGACAACGUCGAAGUAGUAGUAGUAGUAGUGCAUCGUCGUCUCGUCGUCGCAGGACAGAAGACGAGAGAAGCAGUAGUGGUGCAUCGAUUCACGGCCUAACAGCCAGAAAUUCUUCGAGAGAGAAAAAAAAAAGUACCCACCCGAGGAACGCACAGGAACGAAACAAGCGAAGGAAAGAAGGAAGGAAAAGAAGGAAAAGGGAUCUAAGGGUUGCGGAUCUGCCGAGGAGGUGUCUGUGCACGGACUCGUAGCAGCAGCGGCGGCGCAACGUAAGAGAAACCAAAAAUGCUCAAGUGGACGGUCUCGCGAUCUCUGUCGCAAGCGAGCUCGACGCCACAUGGACCGGGCGGAGGUGGCGGCGGGGUCACCAAUAACAAAGUCACACACAGCAGACGACCGUUUCGCGACCUGUCCAACACGCCACCAGCGGCGAGCGGAGGAGGAGGAGCGCCGAGCUCGAGGCUCAGCGGUGGUCAUCAUCGAGUUAAAACGACGAGCGCAGCAGCUAACGGUGACAACAAGCCGUCGCUCAGGUCGAUCAAGAAGACGCCCUCGAGGCGCCAGAGGCGGUGUCGCAGCCAAGGCAGCGAUCUGCGCGGUUACUUUCACGCGACCAAACCAAAUUUGCGAACGGGAAAGCGUAAUUCCCUGACGCAGCGUAACAGUAGUUCACCCGUCGUGAUAGACGGUUUUUACCAAAGCACACCGAGGGUCGAUGCCGACAUCGGUCCCCUCACCGUAUCGUACCCGCAGCAUCAGCGCUCGACGACGUUGUCCUCGUCCUCGUCCUCGUGCUCGUCCGCGUCGCUGGCCAUGAGCUCGUCGCAGGCCAUGUCCUCGACGCUGAUGACGACGACCCUGCCCGUGGACCCGCAGACUCUGCUGAUCGGCAGCUGCUUCCCGAGUAGUCAUCAGCAGCCGACGACGAUGACGCUGCAGUCGCACGUGUCGGACUUCUUUCAUCAGAUCAGCAUGGCCACCAGUCCCGAGGACGUCAUGGAGUUCGAGUCGUUGCGCUUCGACCGUAACAACAGACUCGCCGCCAGGACGACGAGGUUCACCAGUCAUAACCAUCAUUACAAUCAGCAGCACACGCCGCACUUACCAAAGCACCAAGCGAGAUCGGCCAAGCUGAGCUCGCGCACGGAUACGCCCUAUCAUCUCGUGCACGACGACAGCGAGAGGAGGAGAAAGCAGCUGAUGCCGCUGCCGCCGGUGAUUCAUCGCGGAAACGACGAGAUGAGGAUGGAACAGGACGAGCAGGUGGAGGAGGAGGAGAGAAUAUACGAGGAGAUCCAGGAGACACCCUCGAAGGGCAAAUCGUCGGGGACGAAGCUCGAGCGGAAUAAUAAGCCAAAUAACUUGUACGAGGAUGUCGAUAGUCUUCGCAAUAGGAUAAAGAAUCGUCGGCCUCAGGAGCUGCCCAAGGACGCGUUAGCGACUCACCGCGACGACGACGACGAGAAGGAGAACCAGGAGGUGCCGGAGGCGGAACACAUCUACGAGACGAUAGACGAGCGGCCGGUCGACGUUGUGUUCGGGGCGCGACGCUCGUCCGUCUGCCUCAUGCGACCCAAGCACAACGACAGCAGCGUCUCGUCGGCCAGUCAAUUGCUCGACGACCCGUCGCCCACGACCUGGAUGGUCUUCAGCUCGCCGCCGAGCUCGCCCAACGACGACGACGACGACGACGUAAUCGGGGAAUUUCCCCUGAAACGGCAGCGAGUCAUCAGGCGGAAGAGGACGCUGCCGCAGGCGAGCAGCAACUCGGUGGCCAAGAGGCCGAAAAUGGGCGAGGAGUUGCCGCUGAUCGAGGCGGUCAACAGGCACGUGAAGAGGCUCGCCUUGGAGACGGAUCUGGAUCUGUCGACGACGAUGAAGCAGGACGAAGGACAGACGACGAUGCAGGUCGACGACGAGCCGCAGGCUCAACGAAAAGAGGAAGACGCCAAGGAGACACGUCCCAUCGAGAGCGGACGAGUCGACGAGCGUCGCCACGGCUGCGUCAUCGACGUGGACGAGCCCCAACAACAACAACAACAACAACAGCAGCAGCCACAGCAACAGGAAUCGCCGAUAACCAGUAGGAAACGCUGCCCGAUCAACAUCGUGAACGGCGGCGGCAGCCACGCGUGGCAGAGUCCCUGCAGCAAGUCGUCCUCGCUGGCGCUCAUGAUGAGCGCGGUGGACUCGUUCGCGACGCCAUCGUCCUCGGACUCGGAGAGAUCGUCACCGUGCAGCGGUCGUCGGACCGCAGCGGCGGUGGCCAUGAUCAGUAGUCACCAAAACCACCAGUGCAGCACGCCCGAGGCCACGCCGUUGGUGGCCACGGUCAGGCGCUGCCUCGAGUACAGCCCCGAGACGCCCAGCGAGUACGGCAGCGGCAGCAACACCCUGAGAAACGACGAGGCGAGAUACGGCGGCAUAGGCUCCAUCGAGGUCGAGUGCUCGAGCGCCGACGAUCGCAUAAGCGUCAAGAUAAUCAGGUGUCGAGAUCUGCGCCGGCCCGAGGGCCCGAUCCACGCCUACGUCAAGGCCCACAUCAAGGACUUGGCCAGCGGCGAGGCGCUCUGUCGCGUCGAGCGCACUGCCGUGCACCGGGCCACGCCGAAUCCCGUCUUCAACGAGGUGCUGUGGCUCACCUUGCCGUCCAACAACAACAACAACUGUAGCAGCAACGAUCGGGACACGAGCAGCAAUAACAGCAGCAAUAACAGCAGCAGUAGCAGCAACAGCAGUAGUAGCAGCAGCAGCAACGGCGUCAAGAGGCUGGCACUCGACAUAGCCGUCUGGCAUCGCGAUCGCGUAGCGAGACGCAGCGAGCUGCUUGGCUGCAUGACACUGCCGCUGCCGCUGUCCCAGGAUAAGGAAGCGACAUGGCACCCGCUGGAAGCCGGCCCAGGUCGCGCGGCAACCGCAGCAGCAACGUCGUCGUCGAGCAUCGUCCACUCGCAGGACUCGGUGCGAGCCACCUCGCCCGCCAAGUCGGCAGCGUCGUCGUCAGCAGCCUCGUCGUCCGCAGCGUCGACAGCGAUUACCGAUCAGCAUCAUCAUCAUCAUCAGAAUCCGAUGGUCAUGGAUCUGACGCUAGAUAACACUAACGCCGUGAGCAGCAGCAGCGGCAGCACAGACGACCUGACGUAUCUGCGCCACCUCGAGCUCGAGCCCUGCGAUCCGCACACGGGACUGCCACUGCAUCCGGGCUUCGCGGCGCGAGGCGGUCGCACCCCCUGCACCGUCACGCGCAGACUCGUCCGACAUCCCGCCGCUCUUAAUCAGGUGGCAUGGGGCUUCUCGCUGUCGUGGGGCCGACCGCCGCGGGUCGAGCGCGUCGAUCCGGCCAGUCCGGCCGAGCGCUCGGGUCUGCGGCCCGGCGACUACGUCGUCUUCGUGGACGCGAGCAACGUCGUAACGCUGGCCCGCGACGACAUACUCGAGCUCAUCCAGGCGGCCCAGAGCCAGCUCGUGCUCGAGGUCUACAGGCGCGGCGGAGUGGCCGCCUUGGGCGGCGCCGCCACCUCGACCAUGACUCUGAGUAACAAUGCCGUCGUGCCGGCCUCCGUCCAACCUCAUCACAGGCAGAGCAUAAUAGCUGCUGCGCCGCAUCAGCAGCAGCAGCAGCAGCAGCAGCAGAGUAGUCAGUCGGCGGUCGUCGUCGCGUUCACGGCCGAGCAGCAUCGUCACGAUCACGUCCAGCAGCAUCAGCAGCAGCAGCAAGUGUCGAUCGUCGGCGACGAAGCCAACUCGGAGGAGUCGGACGAGCUGGCGCUGCGCGAGUCGCGCUACUGGGCCUGUCUGCGCUCGGGCCAGGCCCGUUUCUCGGGGCCGCUGGCCGAGCGCCGCGACGUCCUCGCAGCCGCCGACCACAUGAUCCUCUUCCAGAAUCUCGACGAGCUGCUGCGCAUCUCCGAGGAGAUCAGGGACGAGGGCGCCCGACCCUCGAGCUACCUGGCCAGGGUCGGGCGCAUCGUCGCCGCCUACAGGCGCUACCUGGGCGGGCUGCAGCGCGCCUGCUGCCUGCUCGUGGCGCUGCGCAAAAACUCGGCCUUCGCCAAGCUCGUCUGCGAGCCGAGCGUGCCCAAGAAGCGACGGCCCGAUCUCACCGGUGUGCUGCUACAGCCGCUCGAGCACUACAGGGAAAUGACGAGGCUGCUGUCGCAGACCGGCCCGCGCAACAGUCCGGCGGUGCGCGACCUCGCCCAGGGCUAUCGCGAGGCCACGGCUGCCGCGGGCGUGAUGGAGCCGCCCAGGGACACGGGCAAGCCGCUGCUGAGCUUGCAGGAGGUCGAGUCGCGACUCGUGUUCGCUCGCUGCAAUCCGUUCGCCCUCGCCGUGCCCGGCCGACAGUGGCUCUACGGCGGGGCCCUGUCCAAGGUCGAGGGCCGCCGCCAGCAGCCGCUCUGGGCGCUGCUGUUCAGCGACAUUCUGGUGUUCGCCACGGUGUCGCGCGACCGAGUGCUCUUCGUCACGGAGGAGCCGCUGAGGCUCGCCUGCAUCGCCGAGGCCUGCUUCACGGUGAGAAAGCGGCCCACCGAGUUCCGUCUGCAGCUGACCACGCAGCCAAGCGACCCGAGCGCGGAGAGCACGACUGCGAGCACGACGGAGAUGGUGCAGUGCGGCGGCACCGGAGGCGGCGGAGCCGGCUGCAGUCCCCACAGCAGGCCGAGGCGGCGACUGCUCGUGCUGCGCGCCCCGAGCCCCGAGUCCAAAGCCGUCUGGCACAAUCUACUGCAGCGGCAAAUAAAUCUGGUCUAUUACAGAAUCUACGUGAACACGGGCUACAGCAUCGGCGGCAACAUAUCCGACCUCGACAGUCCGGACGACGAGAGCCCGACCGAGGACGAGUCCUAUCUGCUGGCCAAGAGGAAGCUGCAGCAGCAGAAGCAGCAGCAGCAGCAUCAGCGGGAGCUCGAUAACAGUCCCGAAAUUUACAAAUCGACGCAGCAGCUCGCCGAGGAUCAGCUGGACAACGGCGGCAAGCAGCAGCAUCACCGGUCCGCGUGCGACGACAAUCUCGACUUCACGUACAAUCGGGGUGGCUGCUCGACGUCGGCCUCGACGACGACGGCUACGUCUACCACGGCGGCCCGUCACCAUCAGCAGCAGCUCCAACAGCAGCAUCGCCAGCAGCAGCGCCAGGACGACAAUCAUCUGGCCCAGUGGGUGCGCAACUCGCAUCAGAUGCCGCCCGACCACGAGAUGCCCAUCGAGGAGUGGACGGCCGAGGAGCUGAGGGCGCGCAUGCCGCGCGAGGCCAACCGUCACGAUUUCACCGACCUGACCGAGGAGGGCGUGAUCGUCAACUCGGACGCGGAGCAGCAGAGCACGGCGUCGUCGGCGAGCCUCAGCACCGUCAAGUCCAACAGUCUGCAGCAGCAGCAGCCGAAAAUGAACGGCCAGGCGAUAACGCCGAGGGACACCUCACCCAACUCCAUCAGUAUAUGCAGAACCUGUCACAGUAAUAACCAUCGCAGGUCCGGCUGUCCGACGCCGCCGCUGCUGCUGGCGCGCGACCCGUUCUCGCCGAUACCCGCGCCACGACUGCCGCCGCCGGACUACAACAAUUGCACGAGGCACUCGUCGAACUUCGGCACGCCGAGAUCGUCGUCGUCCUCGUCGGCGGCUCGCAAUAUCUCGUCGUCGACUCAGACCACCUCGGCAGCUACCGGUGGAACAUCCUCGCCGUCGAGAAACAAUCGAGCGGACUCGAGUGGAUUCGACGCUACGACGUCGACGUCGACGACGGCGGCCGCUUCCGGUGCCCAAAACGCGAACGAGGACGGCAACUGCAGCGAGGACGAUCUCGACUGCGAUGGUGAGCCACCCUACAGGGCUCUUCGACGAUUCGACACAAUGAGUAGCCUAGACCAGGAGGACGAGCUCGACGCGGCGGACUCGACGCAGGACUGCGACGCCACCACCGCCGACGACGAUCGUCAUCGUCAUCGGCGCCAUCAUCAGCAGCAGCAGACGGAAGCCUCGGCCUCGGCGCCGUCGACUCUGCGAGCCUGGACCCUCAAGGCCAGCACCUACGUCGUCAGCAAGAUGUCGAUAUUCGAGCAGCUGUCGACGUCCAUGCAGCAGCAGCAACAGCAGCAGCAGCAACAGUCCCCGCCGCAGCCACCCGAACGCACCGACAGCGGCGGCGGUGGCUUGGAUCUGCACGCCGUGAACAAUUUCUGCGACGAGGAGGUGGCCACGACGACCUCGGGCGCGACCUCGGGCGACGAUAUCUGGGGCACGCCCACCUCCGGCGGCCCGGACGACGAUCACUUUCACGGCAGUCCGCCGACGCACUACUCGCUGAGCCACGGCGAGGACAACUGGGGCCUGUCGGACGAGGACGAGCUGGUCGACGAGGACGAGAUCCUCGGCAUGGACGCGAGCGACAUCGACGACAGCGAGGUCUGCAACAUACCCGAGCUCAGCAUGGAGCAGCUGCUGGUGGGCGGCAGCUUCGCCGGCGCCUCGACCUUCCGCUCGUUCCUCGGGCGCCAUCGUCUCGAGCCGCUGCUCGAGGAGGAGGACUCGCUCUCGGUGUCCAGUGCCGGUGGCGGCGGCAAUGCGGCCGCCGGGGCCAGCAACGCAACCGAACGCGUGAACGCGUCGUCGCCAAGUUACAAUAAACAGAAGCAGCAGCAGCAGCCCGGCUGGUGGUGACAGAGG